AUGCUGAUCUCUGCCCUCCUUGUCCUCCUCUUCUGCCUUAGAGGAUGUGCAGACCCGUUGCCUCAUUUCCUGCAACAACCCGAGGACUUGGUGGCGGUGCAGGGGGGCGAAGCCCGGCUGCCCUGCGCUCUGGGCGCAUACUGGGGGCUGGUUCAGUGGACUAAGGAUGGACUGGCUCUCGGAGGAGAAAGGGACCUGCCAGGAUGGUCCCGAUACUGGAUAUCCGGGAGUGCAGCCAGUGGCCAGCACAACCUCCACAUCAGGCAUGUGGAGCUAGAGGACGAGGCGCUGUACGAGUGUCAGGCAACACAAGCUGGCCUCCGCUCGCGUCCGGCCCAGUUGCAUGUAUUAGUGCCCCCAGAAGCUCCCCAGGUGCUGGGUGGCCCUGCUGUGUCUCUGGUUGUUGGGGUGCUUGCGAAUCUGACCUGUCGGAGCCAAGGGGAUGCCCGCCCCACACCUGAACUGCUAUGGUUCCGAGAUGGGGUCCAGCUGGAUGGCGUCACCUUCCAUCAGACUCUGCUGAAGGAUGGGGCCACUGGGUCAGUGGAGAGCACUUUAUCCUUGACCCCUUCCAGCCAAGAUGAUGGAGCCACCUUGGUCUGUCGGGCCCGAAGCCAGGCCCUGCCUACAGGGAGAGACACAGCUAUCACACUGAGCUUACAGUACCCCCCAGUGGUGACUCUGUCCGCAGAACCCCAAACUGUGCAGGAAGGAGAAAAGAUCACAUUCCUGUGCCAGGCCACAGCCCAGCCUCCUGUCACCGGCUACAGGUGGGCAAAGGGGGGCUCCUCGGUGCCUGGGGCUCGUGGGUCAAGGUUGGAGGUCGUGGCAGAUGCCUCGUUGCUGACAGAACCUGUGUCCUGCGAGGUCAGCAAUGCUGUGGGUAGCGCCAACCGCAGCACCGCGCCAAAUGUGCUAUUCGGGCCGACUCUCCAUGCAAAGCCGGAACCCACUUCCGUGGACGUCGGGGAAGACGCUUCCUUCACCUGUGCCUGGCGUGGGAACCCACGCCCACGGGUGACCUGGACCCGCCGCGGGGAGGCGCAGGUGCUAAGCUUCGGGUCCACAUUACGUCUUCGGUCCGUAGGGAUGGAGGAUGCAGGUGACUAUGUGUGCCGGGCUGAGCCGGGGACUUCGGGCCUCGGGGGCGGAGCUGCUGAAGCAAGACUGACAGGCCCCGGCCUCAUCUCAGUGCUGCACAUUUCCGGGACUCAAGAGUCCGACUUUAGCCGGGGUUUCAACUGCAGUGCUCGCAAUCGCUUGGGCGUGGGAGGCACCCAGAUCAGCCUGGACAGAAGAGAUUUGUUGCCUAUUGUGCGGAUUGUGGCUGGAGUGGCCACCAUGGCCACCACUCUCCUGAUGGUCAUUACUGGGGUGGCACUCUGCUGCUGUCGCCAUAACUCCUUCUCCAAGCAAAAGAACCUGGUGCGAAUCCCCGGCAGCAGCGACGGUUCCAGUUCUCGGGGCCCUGAGGAAGAGGAGACAGCAAGCGGAGAGGACCAGGGCCCCAUCCCACAUACGGACCACAGUGAUCUGGGUUUGGAUGAGGAGAAGAUUCUGGAGACCAAGGACCCAACCAACGGUUACUACAAGGUCCGAGGAGUCAGCAUGAGCCUGAGCCUCGGAGAAGUCCCCGGAGGAGGCCUCUUUCUGCCACCCACCUCUCCCCUUAGGCCCCCAGCAACCCCUACCUUCUAUGAUUUCAGCCCACACCUGGGUAUGGUUCCCCCUUGCAGAAUAUAUAGAGCCAGGGCUGGUUACCUCACCACACCCCACCCUCGAGCUUUCACUAACUACAUCAAACCCACAUCCUUUGGACCCCCAGACAUGGCCCCAGAGACUCCCCGCUUUUCAUAUGCUUCCUUCCCCACACCCAGCCACCCCCGUCUCCAGACUCAUGUGUGA